AUGGCCGCCAAGGCCUCCUUCAGAGGGGGCUUCUUCAGGCCGAGGGGCACCUUCAGGAAGUCGACCGUCACCUUGAGGGACUCUAUUUUGAACACUGGGCUGGGCUCGUCUCAGGAGAAAUCGGUGCGCCCGCCGGAGGGGCGCUGGGGCUGGAGACGGGCGCUGUCCCCCGUGCGGGCGGUCACCGGGGCGCUCGGGGCAUCCUCAGCGGGCGGCGGGGACGGCAUCCAGCUGGCGGCCGCCGCGGCAUGGGGGCCGCUCACGGGUCGGGCAUCCGCGCCGGGGCUCCGAGCAUGUGGGCACCUUUGUGCGCGCCCCCCCCCCCCCCGCGCCCAGCGCCACGAAAAUCCCGGGGCUGCUGCGGCGGCGGCGGCGGCCGAGGAGGAGGAGGAGGAGGCGGAGGAAGAGGAGGAGGAGGAGGAGGAGGAGGAGGAGGAGGAGGCGGAGGAAGCCCCGGCUCCCAGCGGAGCGGCCCCAAAGGCCCCGCCGCUCCCCGGUGUUGCGUGA